AUGUCUGACAGCAGCGAGGAUGCCCCGCGAGUAACUCGGCCCCGCCGAACGGAUCCUCAUCGAAUCGGCAACUGGAAGAUUGGGCGAGUAAUCGGGCAGGGCAGCUCUGGACGCGUACGGGUUGCGCGGAACUCUAUCACUGGCCAGCACGCUGCGGUCAAGAUCGUCUCAAAGACAUCGGUGUUUAACUCGCGCAUGUCUGGCAUAUGCGAACUAGGCGACGAUGCGGACCAAAUUCUACUCGGAAUACAACGAGAGAUUGUUAUCAUGAAGCUCAUCGAUCAUCCGAACAUCAUGCGGCUCUAUGAUUUCUGGGAAACGUCUUCGGAACUAUUCCUGAUCUUGGAGUACGUUGAGGGGGGCGAGCUCUUCGAGUAUCUGUGCAAGAAAGGAGCACUCCCGACUGCAGAGGCUUUAGGCUACUUCCAACAAAUCAUCUGUGCCGUGGACUACUGCCAUAGGUUCAAGAUCGCGCAUCGGGAUCUCAAACCGGAGAAUGUGCUACUGGACAAGGAUAAGAACAUCAAGAUAGCAGACUUUGGUAUGGCGGCUUGGCAAGUGCACGACAAAAGCGGGCUCCUACGGACGGCUUGUGGCAGCCCCCACUACGCGGCCCCGGAGGUGAUACGAGGCGAGGCUUACAACGGUUCUAUGUCUGACAUCUGGUCUUGUGGCAUCAUCCUCUACGCACUGCUCAUGGGAAAACUUCCUUUUGACGACGAGGAUCUCACCGUGCUCCUGGAGAAGAUCAAAUCUGGCAAGUACACGGUGUCUGCUAGCAUGAAUCCCCUGGCCAAGGACCUUCUGGCACGGAUGCUCGAACUCGACGUCAACAAACGAAUCACUAUGGAUAAAAUCCUGCUUCAUCCUUUCUUCGUGUCUCAGCCACCCAAGCAAACCUGCUCAAGCUCGGUGCCAGGCCUGGAUGCUCUCGACCGCCCCGUCGGAGGACUGCUUGACGUCGACCCUGAAAUCCUCCGGAAUCUCUGUACUCUCUGGCACGAAUCCUCUAAGGCGGAAGUUCUUGAGCGGCUCGCAAGCGACGAACAAAACCUCGAGAAAGACAUUUACCGUCUCCUC